UACUUAGUCACUGAAUAACACAACAAAUGACAAAAAGAGAAGAUAGCAAUCAAACAGCGGUGACAGAAUUCAUGCUUCUAGGAUUCAAAAUAGUUCCUGAACUUCGGAUUCUCCUCUUUGUGGUGUUCUUAGCAAUUUAUAUGGCAACUAUAGCUGGAAAUAUCCUUAUCGCUGUAAUAGUUCUCACUAAUCAUAAUCUUCAUAAGCCUAUGUACUUCUUUCUGGCAAACUUGUCUGUUUUGGAGAUUUGCUAUAGUUCUGUAAUCCUUCCUAGGAUUUUGGUCAGUUUUAUAAGAGAUUACCAUGGGAUUUCUUUUAGUGGCUGUUUCCUCCAAUUCUAUUUGUUUGGAUCUUUUGCUUGCUUUGAAUGCUAUCUCUUAUCCACAAUGUCUUAUGACAGAUAUUUAGCUAUAUGUAAGCCCUUUUCCUAUGCAAAAAUCAUGAACCACAGGUUAUGUGUUUACUUGUCCCUUGCCUCUUGGAUGAUAGGCCUUGUGGCCUCUGCAUUCACUACAUUCCUUGUUUCCCACUUAAUUUUCUGUGGUCCUAAUGAAAUUGACCAUUUCUUUUGUGAUUAUUCACCACUGUUAAAUCUAGCUUGUAGUGACACUUACCAAGCAGAAACAUUGAUGUCUGUCCUGGGUUCUGCCUGUACAAUGCCAGCCUUGCUGAUGACCUUGGCUUCCUAUGUUUGCAUCAUCAGAACCAUUUCAAGAAUUCUUUCCAUCACUGGCAGAAGAAAAGCUUUUUCUACCUGUUCUUCUCAUCUCAUUGUGGUUACAAGUUUCUAUGGAACCCUCAUCAUUGUUUACAUGUUACCAAAAAGCAGCAGACUAAAAAAUCUGAACAAAGUGUUCUCUGUUUUUUACACAGUUCUGACUCCUAUGAUCAAUCCCUUUAUUUACAGCUUGAGGAACAGAGAAUUUAAAGAUGCUCUCAGGAAAGCCACUAACAACAUUGCAUCCUCAAGAAGAAUUCAAAGAAACCAAUGUAAUUAAAAUGGAGGUGUUUUUCUAAUCAUCAA